UAUUAUUGUGAAACAUAAAUUAUGUCCUAAAUGUUUUGCAUGCUAGAGUUUCUAGUAAUUUGCACGAUUGAUAUUAUUAUUAUUAUUAGUUUGAUUCCAGCCGCUUACCGCUCUGGUUCCACUUCACUGAAACAGUUUCUUUCGAUGCGGCGUUGUCCUCAUCUAAGGCUCAAAUUCCUUGCCGCCACUGCUACAGCCGACACCACCGCCAUGUCCUCUUACCAACGUCCCCAUCGAGGCGGUCGAAAUCAAUGGGGCAGAAGCUUCUCCGACCGAACCAACAGCGGCGGAAGAGGCCAUCUACUUACAGGGGAUUCGAACUUGGACUCUGUUGGAGAAGCGAACCUAGGUUUCCGUCGAGGAAAUUUCUCCAACCAAAACUCCUUUCAGUCUCAGCAGUUCGGUUAUAACCCUAGGCCUUCAUCUCCUUACAACCAAAACCAACAGUUUUUUCGCCAACCUCCUCCGGCUCGUCCGUACAACCGUUGUCAACCACCACGUCAUCCAUUUGGUCAAAAUCCUGCGCCUAAGCCUUUCCGUCCCCGCAAUUCCAAGCCCUGGGAUUACCGGGAAUGGAAGUACGCAGGAACUCCGCCGCCUCCGCGUUCUGAUAAGUUUGUUGUCCUUUCAUAUAAUGUAUUGGCGGAUUACCUUGCUAGUACCCAUCGGAAUCUUUACUUCCAUAUACCUUUCCAUAUGAUGAAUUGGGAGUGGAGGAUGAGGAAUUUAAUGUUUGAGAUCAGUUUAUGGUCAGCUGAUAUUUUGUGCUUUCAGGAGGUUGAUAGAUUUCAUGACAUGGAGGAGCAGUUGAAUUCCAUGGGAUAUAAUGGCAUUUGGAAGAUGCGAACUGGGAGAGCAAUUGAUGGUUGUGCAAUCUUUUGGCGAACAUCAAGGUUCAAGUUGCUUCAUGAAGAAUCUAUAGAGUUCAACAAGCAUGAACUUCGAGAUAAUGUUGCCCAAAUAUGUGUUCUUGAGUUGUUGAGCCAAAGCCCCCCCCAAAAUACAGCAGCACCAUUAAAAAGCUCAACAAAUUCAAAUAAAGUUGUCAUUUGUAACAUUCACGUGCUAUAUAAUCCAAGAAGAGGAGAAAUUAAGCUUGGCCAGGUUAGGAGGCUCCUAGAAAGAGCUCAUUCUGUUUCAAAGAGUUGGGAUGAUGCUCCAGUAGUUCUUUGUGGGGAUUUUAAUUGUACUCCCAAGAGUCCAUUGUACAACUUUAUAUCAGAGCAAAAGUUGGAUUUGUCAGAAGUGAAUAGAGAUAAGGUGUCAGGACAAGCUUCUGCCGAAAUUCCUCUGCAGACAUAUAAUCCCAAUUCAGGGGCUCAGUCUGGUAAUAUUCCUGCACAAGUUCCUCCUGCAGUAGAUAUCAAGCGAAUUGGCAUGGAUAAAAAUGAUUCUCACUCUGAUACGAAGAAACAAAAUAAUCUAGACAGAAAUAUGAAAGAUGCUUCUGUAAACAUGUCUGGGUCCAGUGAGACAAUGCAGGAUUUGUCAGAUAUGUCCUGCAACAAUUUGCGAAUGGGAGGCAAUGACAGUGCAGAAUAUGAUGAAGUGACAGAAAUUCAGUGUGGUGUAGUCGAUAUGCAAAGGUUUUCUCCUGGCCGUUCUUCCUGUCCUGAAAAUGUGUGCUCCGGCAUCACUGAGAUGGAGCAUAUAGGAACAGAUGUUACCAUCCAUUCUAACAAUGGAAAAGCGUUGGAUGACAUUGUGAUGAACAAUCAUUCUAAUGGGAUUACAACUGAUCCUGAGUUGUUGAGUACCUCCCAGUCAGAGACUUCUUCAACUGAACCAUUAUACCAAACUCACUUACUUGACGCAAUUGAAGUUUCCCCUCCUAAUAUCUUAGCUUGUCAGUCAUCAGAGUCAGUUGCUGAUGAUCACAGGGAUAGACAUCCAGUUCCUUCUCAAGUUGACUUCUCAGGUCUGUCUGCUGGCACUGACAUUGAACUAGAAGAAAAAAUGGAUAAUUUGUCUCUUGAAGAGCGUAGCAAAACUAGCACUGAUAUUGAGGUAGAAGAAAAAAUGGAUAAUUUGUCUCCUGAAGAGCAUAGCAAAACUAUGGUAGAAAGUGAAAAUAUUGUGGAAGACAAUAAUGCAUUUGUUGAUGCAUUAUAUGGUAAUCAAGAUAGACAUCCAACAAACUCUAGUCAAUCAGUAACAUCAGACUUGGACCAUUCUUCAUUGGAAUUUUUGAGUUCCCAAGACUCCCAGUUUUUGCUACCAAGUGCUGAUGUUCUGGAUGAUGUAUUGCCUUCCUUGGAUUCCGAAGUUGCUGAGAUUGAGCAGACUACUUACGAUCCAUCAUCAUGGAGCCCAAAGGAAUUAGCAACUGCAACUGGCAAUGAGGACUGCAAGUUCCUGGAGCACCCUCUGCAGCUUAAAAGUACAUAUACAGAAGUCAAGGAUUCUCCUGGUACAAGAGAUUCUUAUGGAGAACCCCUGGUGACAAGUUACAACAGGCGCUUCUUGGGCACAGUUGAUUACAUAUGGCGUUCUGAAGGUCUUCAGACUGUCAGGGUGCUUGCUCCAAUUCCAAAACAUGCUAUGCAAUGGACUCCAGGGUUUCCAACAAAGAAAUGGGGUAGCGAUCAUAUUGCAUUGGCAGCAGAGUUGGCAUUCACAAAAGCUUGACCAAUCAAGACCCCAAGGGUUAAGUGGCUAGAAAGGGUUUUUAUUUUUUAUUUUUUUUAUUUUUUUUAUGGUGGUUACUUGCGAGGUUUUCUAAUCUCCCUUGUAUUAUUGUUGUUAUAUGACGAUCUGUUUUAUUGACUACAAUUAGAUAUUUUAAUUUCAUCAGUUAUUAAUUGUGGAUGAGAAUAAGUAAAUACCAGAUCCUCCUGGUUUUCAUUUUGCAUAAUUAUAUAUAGAGAUCUUGCUAACAUAGUUGGGACAA